CCCCAACCCAACCAAUAAUGUCUCAACAUACCUGGCCAUAAGACGGAUUCACUCUAAAAUCUUGGCUCUUGGCUGUACUUCUAUCUCUACCUAGCCGCCCGCAAAUUGAAUGUACCUCUAGCCUCAUGCACGGGUGUGGCGGCCGACUAACACUAAAAAAACAAGGGUCUAAACGGUUUCUUUCAACUUACAUGGUCAGCCAACACUCGAUAGCUAGCUGAGUACUCCGUACGGAGUAGAGUCUUGGUAUUCCUUCGUAUUAAAGGUCCCCAUUGUCAGCUCCAUUAGUCCCGUUCCCUUUGUUUCGCGUUUCUUUGUCUGUUUAUGACCUUAUAUUUAUGAAACUGUCGUACUUAAACAACUCGCCAUAACCUGAGGUCUAACUCCCCUGGUUAUUGAACCACCCGCAUUCAAAACACCAGAGACCAAAGUCUCAACUAUAAUGACAGCCCCUUCAAAACAGUCGGAUCCUGCCUCCGAAGAAGACUCUGUACAUACUCCCAAUAACGCAAAUAACACUCAUGAUGAAGCAACGAAAAAGAAACAGCCCAGUCGGAAAAAAUGGUUCAUAAUUGGUGCAGUUGUGUUCCUAAUAGUGCUAAUAUUGAGUUUGACGCUGGGGUUGUAUUACGGACUUAAAAAGGGAAAAAGCUCAGAUGACGAUAAAGAAGAAUCUGCAAAGAAGAAAGAAGGUCCCUUUGUGGACUUGGGCUACUCCAAAUAUGAGGGCAAUGUCCUCGAGAGCAAUAUUCAUGAGUAUCUUGGUAUACGCUACGCAAAAGCCCCAACGGGGGAUCUUCGAUGGAAGGCACCUGUCGAACCAGACUCUACAGCGGGAACACUAAAGGCUCAAGAGUACGCCCCUUACUGCCCAGGAGUCAGCGACGGUCUCAGCUUACGCAUUGACGAAGACUGUCUAUUCGUCAACAUAUGGACUCCAGCAAAUGCAACCUCCGACUCGAAACUCCCCGUCAUGGUAUUCUUCCAAUCAGGUGGCUACAUUAGGAACGCAUCGCCCUACGUAAAUGGCACACAGCUCAUUUCAGCCUCGAACAACAACAUCAUCUUUGUUAAUUUCAACUACCGUGUUGGCAUGUUUGGGUUCCUCGCUUCGAAGGAGAUCAAAGAAGAUGGCGAUCUUAACGCAGGCCUGAUGGAUCAGAGAUUCCUCCUCAACUGGAUUCAGAAACACAUCGAGGAGUUUGGUGGUGAUCCUGAGCAUGUUAUCCUCCAUGGUGAAUCUGCGGGUGCAGGAUCUGUGGCUCUUCAACUCGUUGCUUAUGGUGGAAAAGACGAGGGUCUUUUUGCGGGUGCCAUUGCUGAGUCGACAUUUAUGCCUGGUCUCCCUAAGCCUGACGAUCUACAGUAUCAGUUUGAUCGAGUUGUCAACGCGACAGACUGUGCUGAUGCCGACGAUACAUUGAAGUGCCUCCGUGGAAUCAAGUCGACAGACCUUCAAGCCCAUAACGCAAAGGCUCCUUUCGACGGCCGCACUUAUCGAUCUUACUUCUAUUGGGCACCUACUACUGAUGGCGACAUGUUUCCAGACUUGCCUUCGAAGCUCUAUGAGGAGGGGAACUUUGUCAAGGUGCCACUACUCUCUGGCUCUUGUACAAAUGAGGGAUCCAACUACGCCGUCAACGCAGGCAGCUCAGCCCAGUUCAUACGCUACAUGCAAAAUGAAUACCCCUAUUUAACCACAGAAGACACCGAGACCAUUCUCGACCUCUACCCACAAGAGCCCAAGAUCGCAAAACACGAUACUUGGUUCCCAUCAGCCUCGCGCGCAUACGGCGAAGCAACCUUCAUCUGCCCUACAAACAACAUCCUCAACGCCUUCGCUGAGCACGCCGACCCCAAGACUCUCUGGUCUUAUCGCUAUAAUGUUGCGAUUGAAGAGUUCACCACCGAUGGCUAUGGUGUCCCCCAUGUCUCCAAUGCGCCCGCAGUCUUUGGCCCUGAUAUGACAGCUGCCAAAGCUGGUCCUAGCUAUCGCACUUACAACGCGCCCAUGGUCCCUAUUGUUCAGAACUACUGGAUCAGCUUUGUUCGUAGCUUCGACCCCAACACUCACCGUGACGAGGAUGCUCCUCGGUGGGAGAAUUGGGGUAAUGACCAGCGACGUCUAGUGUUUGAGUUGAAUAACAACACCAUGGAAAGUGUUGACAAGGGCCAACGAGAGCGAUGUGAGGUUUGGUUAGAUAUGAGUGGUUCCACCAAGCAGUAAUGAUCUUCACGACUUUGAUUACAUCACGAUUUAAAAGCAUUCUUAUCGAAUAUACUUGAU